UGUAAAUCUUGCCAUCGAAAGUUACUCUAGUAUUGAUGAAACCCUGACUUGGGAGAGAACGUCUAAAAAAAUCGACCUACUGGAUAAAUAUUCGAAUACAUUUUAGGAUCAUCUGUGAAACAUCUGAUUUCUGAUCCGAACUGUUUUGCGGCUGCGUAAAAAGGUGCGCAAUUUCCAUCCGGAUUGUUGUGAUUGGGGAUUUCACCGCCACAUCAUGAUCUCUUAACACUGAGGACUUGGGAUGGUUUAUUCUACCGGAUACAAAUGAAACAUUGAUGUCAACAGCGCAUUUUGUUUCGGUUAAAGAGGUAUUUGUCGUGCCAGCUGUUGGAGAAACACAAACCUGACUGUAGUAAUGAGAAGUAGGAAGAGAAGGUAGCAGAGCCAUGGAGAGGCGGACAGGACCUGUAACAGGUGUGGUGAAGCCACCUUUAGCCCCUAAACCAAACUUUAUACCAAUACAAAAUAUUGUUCCCCAAGCACUUGACCUAGAACAUUCCCACACACCAAUAAACACUGUGAAAUCUGCACGUGUGUCACAGCCAUAUCAAUCUAAAGCCCUUAAACCAGAAUGGAAACCUGUGGCUGUUUUCACCAGUGAGCAUCAGUCACUUUUUAAAGAACAGUUGGAGAGCACUAAGGAUUUUAAGUACAAACCUGAGAUUAAUUCAGGUCAAGCAUCAGCCAACAUUCCUCAUAAUGUUCUGGAGUUUACAGAUAACCAGCUGAAGCCAGUUCGAAUAACAGAUGGCCAGAGCUACAGGACUGUGAAAAACAAUCUGAAUCUUACAAAUGGUUCAGGUUAUUCUGAAAGAAAUGUAUCCAGCAUAACUUACGCUGCUCAGAAUUCUUCACCAACUGGAUUGCAACCUAAAUCCACAGACCCUAAGCCGGAACUAUUUAAGAACACUCGUAGUCAUCAGCGUAGACACUCUGCUGAUGAUCAAAAUGGUUCUUUGUCCUCUGAUCAGCUUUCUGUUCAAAAGGCCCCACCAAUCCCAGUGGGGAAUAAACCAAAAAGCAGCCAUGUUGGACAACCAGAGAAGCCUCACAUCACCUCACAACAGUCAGGAGGAAUUGGUAAAAAAAAAUACAAAGCUUUAACAGUGAACGAGAAUACACUAGCUCUAGUUUACAAAGAAGGAAGAGCGGUUACUCCCAGGAAACAGAAGAAAUCCAGAGGUAGACUAGAUUACCAAAAUGACAAUGUGGAAGUGCCAGGGCACUAUCCACGCUGGAACAGACUUUCAUCAGACCCAAGAACAGAGCAGGAGGUGCCUAAUAACACCACAUCAGAAAGCACACCAGGGAAAAAAUAUGGUUCUGCUUUGAAACCUAAAGUCAAAUCUUUGAACCAGGCAGACCUGAAUCCAUCAGAUGGCCAGAGGAAGUCAUCCUUUAAGAAAUUAAAAGAAUUUGAAUUCUCAGUGAAGAAGUUGUUUUCCAAAGGAGGACAUGGUCCAGAGUCAACCCCAGGCAAAGAAGAGCAGUCAGUGGAUGAGGGUUGGCAGGUUACUAAGAACGAAAACAGAAGCCAAAUUCAAAUACCACAAUACAGAACACACCAUGUCAGCAUCCAGUAUGAUGAUUUUACUGUUGAGCAUAGUGUGGAUGGAGAUGGAGAUGUGGAAAAUGAGCAUCUAUAUGAAGAUAGGCCAGAAAAUAUAAAUGCUGGUGCUCCAGGAAUACAGACACAACAAACCCCCCCAAUUUGGCAAAGAAACAUAUCCAAUCAAGAAGAAAGAGUGAACAGAAAAACACAGUUUAUUGGAGAAUUCAACACCAGAAUGAGGCAGUACUAUAAUGAGAGCCAUGUUGAUGAUUUUGACGACACACACUCUGAGAGGGAAUUUGAAAGCAGCUCAGAAGAAGAAGACGGCGAAGACGUAGCAAACAGUCCAAACAACUGGAAGAAUCAGUACUCCAAAAAGAGAAAAUUGUCUUAUAUUGUUAAAGAGAUCGUGAGUUCUGAGAAAGUGUUUGUGGACGUGUUGAAGCUUCUCCAUAUCAAUUUUCGUGACGCAGUGAUGAAGGCCUCCUUGCAAACUGGGAAGCCAGUGAUUGAUGACAAGAACCUCAAUCAGAUCCUGUUUUCACUGCCACAACUCUAUGAGCUCAACAAGGGUUUAUUGAGGGAGUUGGAGGACCGCAUGGCACACUGGAACGAGCACUCCAGCAUCGCAGAUAUCUUUUUAAAGAAAGGCCCAUACCUGAAAAUGUACUCCAGCUACAUCUACGAGUUUGACAAGAAUGUGGCUCUACUGGAGGAGCUGUGCCGGAAGAACCCAGCUUUUGCAAAGGUCGUUCAGGAAUUUGAGAGCAGUCCGUGCUGUGCCAAUCUCGCCCUGAAACACUACAUGCUGAAGCCUAUUCAGAGACUUCCCCAGUAUCAACUCCUUCUCACAGAGUAUUUUGAGAAUCUUGAAGAAGACUCUCCAGAUUACAAAGAUGCCCAAGAUGCACUCAAUAUAGUAAAGGAAGUGGCGAACCAUGCCAAUGAAACCAUGAAGCGAGGGGAUAACUUCCAGAAACUGAUGCAAGUUCAGUGCAGUCUGAUUGGAAACCAUGAGAUUGUGAAGCCGGGCAGGGUUUUAUUGAAAGAGGGAACUCUGCUGAAACUAUCUAGAAAAGUUAUGCAGCCUCGAAUGUUUUUCUUAUUCAAUGAUGCUCUGUUGUAUGCUACAACCCUCCAGCCAGGCCAGUACAAGCUGAACAAUGAGCUCUCUUUGUCCGGAAUGAAGGUUAGUAAGCCAAGUCAUGAAGGAUAUCAGAAUGAGCUGAACAUCGAAAGUGUUGAACGCUCUUUUAUUCUGUCUGCCAGUUCCCCUGCAAGUCGAGACGAGUGGCUUGAGGCAAUCUCCAAUGCCAUUGAAGAUUACACCAAGAAAAUGACUACAUUUCACCCCUCAAGCAAAGGCCCUGAUGAGGUGGAAAGGGAUGGUUGGGAGCUCGGUACCAAGGCCCCUAUAUGGAUCCCGGACCUGAGGGCCACCAUGUGUAUGAUCUGCACCUGCGAGUUCACUCUGACCUGGAGGAGACAUCACUGCAGAGCCUGUGGAAGGGUGGUAUGUCAAGGCUGCUCGGUUAAUAAGCAUCCUCUGGAGUAUAUGAAGAAUCGACCUGCACGUGUGUGUGAUCAGUGCUUCGAGAUUCUACAGCAAAACAGAUCAGAUGGUAACCAGGCAUCAGGUAGUGGUCUUAUUUCCCCGACCUCUAAACCACCUCAUUUUAGAAAGCAGAAGAAGAUCCCAGCAGCCCUGAAAGAGGUAUCGGCAAACACAGAUGGCUCAUCCAUAAGUGGCUAUCUGGAGAGAAUGAAGGCCAAUAAGAGACAAUGGAAGCGAUUCUGGUUUGUCAUCAAGGAUAAAGUGCUGUACACUUACGCUGCCAGUGAGGAUGUAGCAGCUUUAGAAAGCCUGCCCCUCCUCGGCUUCUCUAUAACAGAAGAUGAUCCAGAAUGUGCUCAGCAGUUUCAGCUUUACCACAAAAACAAGAUCUUCUACAUCUUUAAGACUAAUGACCCCCAUGCACGCAGCAGGUGGGUGAAAGCUUUCCAAGAAGCUGUGGUUCUUUAGUCUGGGUAUCUACUACUGCUAACCCUAACACAGAUCCCUCUGACUGUUCCUGUAGCAAAUCAAAGACACCAUACUAUAUAAAUCUGAUGAGAGAAUCUCUGAUGUGUUUUAUUGCUACAAAUCCACUUUGUCUUACACUUGCGCUCUAUUUUCUUCUAUCAUGUAUUACCAUAAUGUUUUAGGCUAUAAUAUCAGAAGGAAUGUUUAGCUCAACUGUGACUAUUUUUCAAAGCAGACAUAUUUACAUGGAUUUACAAGCCUACUGUAAUAUUUAAAUAUAAAGGAUUCAUUGUACGUUUUUCAUUUUAUAUGAAUUUAUAACUCUUAGCCACUUUGUGGCCUGUAUAUUGUCUGUGCUCUAGAAUUGGUUAACAAAAAUAUACAUUCAUAUGAAGUCAUAAUUUCAUGUUCUGUGUGGUAAAUAAAUGUAUAUUUUCAUAGAA